AGGCUGCGCGGGCGGCCCCGUGCUCGGCCUCUUCCGGCGGCGGCGGCGGCGGCGAGAUGCCCGGCGUGACGGUGAAGGACGUGAACCAGCAGGAGUUCGUCAGGGCGCUGGCGGCGUUCCUGAAGAAGUCCGGGAAGCUGAAGGUGCCGGACUGGGCGGACACGGUGAAGUUGGCCAAGCACAAGGAGCUGGCGCCGUACGACGAGAACUGGUUCUACACGCGGGCAGCCUCCACGGCGCGUCACCUGUACCUGCGUGGCGGGGCGGGCGUGGGCUCCAUGGCCAAGGUGUACGGCGGCCGGCAGCGCCGCGGCGUCCGGCCCAGCCACUUCAGCCGCGGCUCCGGCGCCGUGGCCCGGCGCGUGCUGCAGGCGCUGGAGGCGCUCAAGGUGGUGGAGAAGGACCAGGACGGCGCCGUUUUUUACCUCCAUUUGAAGUUUUUCCGUUUUCCCCCUCACGGCGCCGCUGCCGCCCUCGGGGACUGCGGAAAGGGGCGGGGCCGGGCGGGGGAACGGCGGCUCCUGAUUGGCCGGUUGGGCGGGAGGGGGCGUGGCCGAGGCCAAGGGCGGGAAACUCGCCGAGGGCGCGGCCGCCAUUUUGUCGCGGCGCCUCAGGGGGAAGCGGCGGCGGCGGCGGCGGCUCCGAGCGCGGCCGCCAUGGCUCAAUCCCCGCUGCUGCCGCCUCCCCGCCGCCCUGGCACGGCGCUGCGAAUGGCCGCUAGGCUCUGCGCGGCUCCUGGCGGCGUGGGGUUGCCCUCGGGUUGA